AUGGUUCUCAAGACAUUCAAGCUAGAUGGGAAGCAGCACAUUGUUGCUACUCCAUUAACACCUGAGGCGUUUGCACCAUAUGGAGGUGUCAUCAGUGCUGACCAUCAACUACAAAAUGUUGAAAAGUCAGAAGCAAACUACGGUACAGCGAUCAAGUUACAUAAAGUGGCACCCAUAGUCAACAAUUAUACCAACUCUCCUAGCAGCGUCAAGGAGACUGCAAACUGGAACAUAUUUAGAUGCACAGCACCAAAACAUUUGAUCAAACAUGGCGGCUCAAAAUCAGUCUAUUUAUCAAAAGUAUUGGAGAGACAUCCAUUCAGCACCCAAACAUUUGUGCCCAUGGGUCAAGACAAGAGCAAAUUGUCAUAUUUGGUUAUUGUAGCAAAGACUGACGGAUCUACAAGGGACAAGUUACCCGAUGCUUCACAAAUCAAGGCCUUCAUUUGCAAAGGAAAUCAAUCCAUCACUUAUGGGGCUGGUGUAUGGCAUGCUCCCAUGGUUGUCAUUGACGAAACAAUCCCACACUUGGAUUUUGCAGUGUUGAUACAUGAGAAUGGUGUUGCUGAUGAAGACUGUCAAGAGUGUUACUUUGAUCCAGGCUACAAUAUCGAGUAUACGUUAACUUCAUCGAAAUUAUAA